AUGUAUCUAGACACCAAAUAUCUUCGCCUGCCAAUGAUAAGUUCCUCCGUGGUAGGAAUAUUUCCAUGGCAGUUUACGUUUCAGGAAGAUCCAAAAAACCAAAGAAAUUACGCCUUAUACUCAAGAUUCAUGUUGGGAGUUUAUAUGGUUAUUACUCUGCUUUAUUAUUCUCAAUUUUUUAUGUUAUUAAGAGAGAAUCCUCUAAGGCCAGAUGAAAUUGGAAGAUGCAUCUGCAUCUCUUUGAUAUCUACCAUGACAGUUGUAAGGCAAUUCGUGAUGAGAUUGCAUCCAGGGUAUAAGAAGUUGUUGACAUAUAUUAUUGAUACAGAAAGAUACAUUUUUGCUGGAAAAGAUCAGAAGGUUUUAAGUAUUUACAACAAAUGCACUAAAACCAUGACUACUAACUUGGCCAAAUAUCUAACUUUAGUCGGAAUUUUGGUGUUUUUACACGCCCUUAGGCCCUUUUUCACCGAAGAAUUCAAAAUGAUCGGUAAUGAAACUGUGGAAAUACGAAGCUUUCCGGUCCCUAGUUAUGUCCCAUUCGAUGAAAAUGCUCAUUUUGUGAAUGCUUACAUUUUUACUUUCAUAUCUCUAAUGAUUGGUGCAUAUUUCGUAAUCAACACAGACGUCCUGAUGUUUCCUUUAUUGAUGUAUCCUAUAGGUCAACUGGAAAUUUUACACCACAUUUUACAAAAUUUUGAUAAAUAUUCAGAGAAAAUAAAGGGACAAUUUCAGACUGAAAACGAAGAGACGGUGGCUUGUGCUGCUUUUUAUUAUUGCAUUCGCAAGCAUAAGGAAGUUAUACAAUAUAUGGAUAAUUUUAACCGUUCCAUGAGCCUCUUUAUGAUCUAUGACUUUGUUCAGAGUUCUUUGCAGUUUGCUUCUGUGGUAAUUCAGCUUUUAGUGGUCCAGACAUCCGUUUGGGACUGGAUUUUCGUAUCCAGCUUCGUAAUUUUCUCUGUGAACCGAUUGCAUAUGUAUUACUAUUAUGCCAAUGAAGUGUUACUUCUUAGUGAUAGUCUCUCCUCUUCCAUUUGGCAGUCUAACUGGUAUGAACAAUCAAAAAAAGUAAAAAACAUGAUGAUGAUUUUCAUGCUAAGGACUACUAACCCUUUAAAGUUUAAUAUUGGACCAUUUGGGUAUAUGUCUUUAGAUACUUUCAUCGCAAUUCUGAAGGCUAGCUAUUCAUAUAUUAUGCUGAUGUAUGAGACAAAGAAAACCUAAAUUUUAUUAGUAAAAAAAGAAAUUGACUUUAAAAUUAACAUGAAUUUAUAAAAAAAAGUAAGUUAACAAUUUUUUCUAAUUGAACUAAGAAACAAUUGAGCACGUAAUACUUAAAAUA